UGAGAAAUCAAGCCUUCUGAUUUUGAACUGGACUGUUUUGGUUUUCGUGAGAUAAGAGUUCUGGUGGAUCUCUCGCCUACGGUGACUUCCACAACCUCUCUGGCUUCACAGUACAUGGAAAAAUGCAAGCUUUACCUGAUGUGAAAGCUCAGUGUGAUGCACUUCCUUCCUCCAGCCUGGAGCCUUACCCUCAGAGCUCCAUUGUGGUUACCCUAGAAGACAUGGACCUCUGGAUGCAGUUUCAUCAAGUAGGAACUGAGAUGAUCAUCACCAAGUCUGGCAGACGAAUGUUUCCGCAGUGCAAAAUCAAAAUCUCUGGCUUGAUCCCUUACGCUAAGUACCUCAUGCUGGUGGAUUUUGUGCCGAUGGACAACUUCAGGUACAAGUGGAAUAAGGAUCAGUGGGAAGUUGCUGGAAAGGCAGAGCCACAGCUGCCCUGUCGUACAUACAUACAUCCAGAUUCUCCAGCUCCUGGCAGCCACUGGAUGAAAGAACCUGUCUCCUUCCAAAAGCUGAAGCUCACCAACAAUACCCUGGAUCAACACGGGCACAUCAUCCUUCACUCCAUGCACCGCUACAAGCCUCGCUUCCACGUCGUUCAGGCAGACGACCUGUUCAGUGCCCGCUGGAGCAUCUUCCAGAUGUUCAGCUUCCCUGAGACUGUCUUCACCUCUGUCACUGCCUACCAGAAUGAGCAGAUCACAAAACUCAAGAUUGACAACAACCCAUUUGCUAAAGGAUUCCGGGAACAUGGGAAGAACACUCGAAGGGAAGGGCGAGUCAAAGGCCAGAAACUUAGUCCAGCCAAAGGCCAGAAGAGGAAGCUGCCAGAAGAAACAGAAUCUGGUGCUGAGGAAUCUGAUUUUGUGAAGGAUGAGAACGUGGAGGUGAAGGAAGAGAGUAAUUCCAUUCCUGUCAGCAGCGGGUACCCCUUCUGGGUCUCCGAGCAGAACGGCAGCCACUCGAUCCCUGCAGCGUCACCAGCACCAGCAGACCAAAGAGAGGCAACUGCCAGAGAGCAGCAAGUGCCAACACCUUCCUCCUACCAGACAUAUAGGUUCCACGACAAUGGGGAUACACAGCAGGCGCCCACUCGUGACAUCCUCGCUUUAAAUGAAUUCCGGGCCAGAUCCCACCGAGUGGAUAUAGCCACGGUGCCCGAACAAGAUUCCAAACAGCUGUCAGAAGGUUUCACCAACCUGCCUACACUCCACCCUCCACUACCUCCUCCACAGGACUAUACUGGGGUGGUCAACAUGGCUGUAGACUCUGCUGGGAAACCAGGGACCCGAGGUCCAAUGUACAAUCCAUAUGGCACCGAGCAAGGCCUAGGCCAAUGGAUGGUACCUUCCCACAGCCAGUACAGGGCAAUGAGCUAUUCUCCCUUCUCCACAGAUUAUAAUACUCAAGGGGCUUCAGGGCAUGCCCAUGGGAGCAUGGCAGACUGGAGCCAGUACCCUUUGUUCCCCUAUGCCUGCUGGUGAAGGGGAGGAUUCUUCCCAAUGAAAGAACUCAAAGAACAUUGUAAGGAAAACCACUUUAAAAUUUGCUCUGGGAUUGUCACCUUGUGGCCCUGCCUACAGUAGGUAAAGAGGUGUUGCAACAAAUCGUAGGCUGGGACACAUUUAAUCUCGCAACAUCCGUACAACUUGUGCCCCCACUCAACAGCUGUCCCAGGCGUUUUUCAAGCACUGGUUGUACGGGUUGGUUGCAACUCCUGCAUUAGUUCAGGUCUGUCUGAAUCAAUGUAGUCUACAAUGCUGUCUCCAAAGUGUGGCUGGGAAGUCACAAGCAUUGCAGCUGCACUGGUUCAGCCAGCUUCUUAACUCUAUCCUACAAUGCAUUUGUAUCUUGCGUUUGGAAAUUACCCAAAAGCCCCUGCUCCCAGAAGAAUGCUAGCCAGGGGACAUAUGCCUAAGGUGUCACAGAAUGUACCACAGGUGGACACACCAAAACAGUUCAGCCAUAAGCAUAGUGACUGUGUGGAUGCAGACAUCAUUGUAAGGACAUGCCAGACAACGAACCUGCCAAUGUCCCUGCAGUGGUUUCUUCAAUUAGUGUAGACAACCCCAUUAAUUAACCGUAGAAAGUACAGCCACAGUCAUGGCCCUUUCCCUAAAGCUGUGUAAUGGAGAAGAUGCAGCAAUGCGUGUGCUCCUGAAGCAGAGUUGGAAGGGUCACACAGACAGAUCCGAGUUCAUUGCACACAAGAGAACAACUGCAAGUGUCUGUGUUUGUCUCCAUGUGUCAUCACACCAGCUCCCUUAGCCUUACUCAGUUCACACCUGUUAACCCAAUGUUUUCUCAUUUUCCUUUUGGUUGCUAUUUUCAGUUGAGCUGGUGGCGUUUGGGAGAUGCCCUGGGAAUUCUUGGAAGGGUCUGAUUGACCAAAACAGGGCCAUGUAUAGCAGAGCUCACUCUGUUACGCUGACCUCUGUCUUUGUGAGGGAAGGUGUUUUUCACUGUAAAUCUCAAACGUCCCCCCACCUUUGCUUCUCCCACAGCUCCAGAGAAGUGGCCUGUUCACUUGUAGUUACCGUCCUACUCCCUGUAAUCUGUGAAACGGUCCUGACGAGGCACAAGCUUUAACCAAGCUGUCUCUUCUCAUUGGACAUUUGCUUUUAGAAAAAAUGUUCCAAAUGUAAGUUGCCAGAUGCGUUUAUUGUUCUGAACAGUCGGUGCCCUGCUGUGGUUUCCAGGCUGUCCAACUAUGUCAUUGUGCUGCUGAUGAUUUGGAACCCGCUCUAGGAAUGUACUCAGUGCAGUCGGGCAGGAGAGCAGCUGCCCUCCCUUACCUGUGGGGUCCUUCCUCUGGAAGAGCUAUUCCCUUACAUUCGCAGCUGUAAAUGGCUCAUCACUUUGAAUGAAGGUCCUUGCAUUUCACUCUGGUUUUUAUUUUCUUUAUUUUGUUGAGUGGAGCAGCAUCCUGAUGUGCCCCAGUGCAGAACCACAAUUGGAUAGGAGUCCCGUUUGGGAGGGGCUCUCUGUUUCUCCUGUGGUGAUAAACAUGAUCCUAGACUGACUGACGUUAUUUAAGAGAAUGUUUUCAUGUAACACUUUAAAUAAACUACAGUUUGGUAUGUAUCGGUCA